CUCUCCCCGACCCCGGUCCUGCUCGCUUCAUCACAACAAUGGUCUCCUGGAGCGUCUCCAAGCUUGUCGCCCUUGCCCUGGCUCCCAGCGCCGUCCUCGGCAACAUCAUCCUCCAGCAGGCUCAGCGCGAGCAGUACGAGGCUCAGCUGCGAGAUCUCCUCUCUGGUGGUCCUGCCACUGACUCGUUCAUCGGCAACGAGCCCCUGUGGAUCGACCAGAGCCUCGACCACUUUGACUCCUCCAACAACCAGACUUUCCGCCAGAAGUACUAUGUCAACGACCAGUUCUACAAACCCGGCGGCCCCGUCUGGUUCUUUGUUGGCGGCGAGUCUGCUCUCGACCCUUACUGGACCACUUCCAACCGCACCCUCCAGUACACCAUGGCCCAGCAGACCAACGGUCUGAUUGUCGCUCUCGAGCACCGCUACUACGGCGACUCCAACCCCUUCAGCGACUACUCCAGCGAGCACCUCCGCUUCCUCGCCUCGGAGCAGGCCGUCGAGGACGCCGCCAUCUUUGCCAAGAACUACACUGCCUCCAACAACCUCCCCUCGUGCACCAAGUGGAUUCCCGUUGGUGGCUCGUACCCCGGCAACCUGGCUGCCUGGUUCCGUGAGAUCCACCCCGAAGUCUUCUGGGCCGCCCACUCGUCGUCCGGCCCCCUGACCGCCAAGGCCGAUUUCUGGGAGUACUCGUACGCCGUCCGUGAGGGCAUUCCCAAGAUCGCCGGUGGUUCGCAGACCUGCACCGACAACAUCAUCCGCGCCACCAGCCUCUUCGACCAGGCCAUCAAGAAGGAUCCCACUGGCACUCGCCAGUACCUCGGCUUCGGCAACGUCGAUCUCGAUGGUGAUGUCGGUGGCUAUCUUCCCAGUAACACCCUCGCCGGCUCUAUCCAGUACGGACCUGUCGGCCAGAACUUCAACACCAGUGUCAGCGAAAUUGACUUCCUCUGCUCUGGCAAGUACUUCCCCUCCUUCGCCGAUCCCAACGCCACCGAUGACCAGAUCUGGGCCGAUCUCCAAACCUACACCUUUGCUACCCUCGAAAGCUUUGGUGUCACUCCCAACAAUGAUACCGAGCUCUACUCGGUUCAAACCAAGUCCCUCCAGGACCCCGCCAGCAGCAGCCGUCUCUGGUACUGGCAGACCUGCAAGGAGUUUGGCUACUUCCAGAACGCCGAGCACGUUGACGCCCCGAUCUACUCCAAGACCAUCGAUCUGACCUACCAGCAGAUUGGCUGCGGUAUCGUCUUUGGCGAUGCCAACUCUGUCCCCGACACCACCAAGACCAACGACCUCUACAAGGCCACUGAUAUCAAGACCGACCGCAUUGUCUUUGUCAACGGUGCCAUCGACCCCUGGCACUGGCUUGGCAUCUUCAACCGCACCUCGACCCCUGCCCAGCCCACGUUCUUCCACGACCAGUUCCACUGCGGCGAUCUGUUUGUCCCUCUCCGCAGCGACACUCCCCUCCUCCGCCAGGUCAAGCUCGGCGUCCAGGCCACCUGGCUCGAGAUCCUCAAGGCCGACACCUGCCCCUCUGAGGUCAACAAGCCUUACAAGUGUGUCCCCAUCAAGAACUAAAUGCCUGCCACAACUCGGUGCCUGAUUCUGGUUGACUCUGGUGCCCAACUCCCGCUCCACCGAGGGAGAUUCUCGUAGAUUCUAGAGUCGUCGCCUGCCUGUCUCUUGUUCUCUCGCUCUCUCGCUCUCUCGCUCUCGCCGUCCAUCCGCUUCGUCCACCUUCCCCGUCCUCGGAUUCUAUGUUCCUCCUCCUCCCUCCGCCUCCUCCCUCCACCCGCCAGCCGAGUGCUAUGACCCAACCGUGCUCCAUCUAUUUUGUAAUUCCAAAGAGCUGUCUAUGAAAGUAUAUAUUGAUAGCUGGCAAUUCUUGUUCUCCAAACUCUUGGCGGACAAUGUGUUGAGAAACCAAUGGAGAAAUACCUUUCUCUUCUCAGACUCAACACGCCGUCAUUCGAUCAUAUCACACA